CCGCAAAAUCGGGCGCGGACCUCCUCCAAAAGUGCGGCUUGCUGGAUCUCCGUGGAACGAUCUCCUUCAACUACUUUCGCGUCUCUUUCGACUUACUGCGUGACCCGUGUCUGGAGCAUCCGUUCGUCUGUCGUGCGGCUGGCUGAUAGAAAUUUCCACGCCAUAACCAUGAAGGUUGGUUCGUCUUCACUGCUGUGUUUCGCUGCUGUAAUGUUCUCGGUGUCAGACGUAGCGAGCAGACCCCUACCGAGAGGAGAAAAACUCGUCGCAACAGGUAGACAAUCAACGAUUGCGAGCUUCAACGUCGGGAACCUCGUGACGCUCCUCGCUGCCAAGGGGAUUCUCAUCCUGAAAGCUCUCGUACUUUCACCCUCCGGUGACGGUGACAGGUUCUCAAAGAGGAACCUCGGGGAAUCGGAACUCGCGAUAAACGACUGGGAAUGGAACUUCGCAAAGCAUUACGUUCUCGCUCCGAGUUCUGGACCGAACACUUGCCUGAUGAGAUUGGCCUGCGAGAACCCCGAUCAGGCCGCGGAGUAUCUCGGAGCCGGGAAGAUACUCCUGACCGGAUGGAGCAUGUACAACGGGCGGCAGGCCGAGUCAAUAGAUCGCUACGAGGAGAUCAUGGAGGACGUGCGGACGGCUGUGGAUAUCGCGAGGGAAAACAACCGAGUCGAAGAAGAUAUCUGUGCGCGAAAUUACCCUUGCAUGACUGACGAAAAACGGUGA